CAAGAAAGUUUCGUUCGAUGGUAGUGAAAAUGAAAUUUUACAUUAUUUUAACCUUUGGUCUAUUAGCAUCGUCUGAUGCUUUCAACUUGGAGAGAAAUUCAUUAAGUGAGUCGAGAAUUAUUAAUGGAAGAAAAGCAUUGCCUGGAGAACUUCCAUAUCAAGUGUCUCUUCAGACGAACACUAAACCUUCAUCUUUCUUUUGCGGUGGAUCAAUUUUAAAUGAAAAUUACGUGAUAACUGCCGCUCACUGUGUUGUAGGCAAAAAUGCCGGUUCGAUAAAAAUAGUAGCGGGAACAAUUAAUCUUUUAAAACCAAAAGACACUUAUUUUGUUGAAAAAAUAAUAACUCAUGAAGCAUAUAAUGCAAAUAAUUCUUGGAUAAAUGACAUCGCUUUAGUUAAAGUUAAAACUCCAUUUGUAAUGAACAAUGAGACCAAAAAUGUUAUUCUUCCAAAAUCGGAUAUGGUGAUAAAUGAUAAUGAUGUAGCCGUUGUUUCUGGAUUUGGCCGAAAAUGGUUAGGAGGUCCACCUUCCUUAGAACUGCUGCUAGUGGAUAUUUUUAUAGCUAAUCAAUCAUUAUGCAGCGAAAGAUAUGGAAUGUCAGGUUUAAAUAUUUACGAUUCUCAAGUGUGUGCCUAUGAUACACUAAUAAAAAAAGGAGCAUGCCAUGGCGAUUCUGGUGGACCGUUGACAAUUAAUGGAGUAUUAGUUGGACUUGUAUCGUGGUCUUAUGGCUGUGCUCAGACAGACUAUCCAUCUGUUUAUACAAGAGUGCCCAAAUAUUUGAACUGGAUAGAAAAAAAUGCUGUCUAACUUUUUUCAAAAUCUAUAAUAGACCCACAUGACAGGAAAAUUCCAAAAAAAAAAGCUUUCUGGAGAAAAUCUCUAUUACUGAAAUAUAUAUACUCUCAUCUCAACUAUACUAUUCCUUCAACUGUAUUGUUACUUUUUAAUAAUAAAAAUAUAUAUAAAUA